AUGGCAUCCCCCCAAACCCUGCUCCUCUGCCUGCUGGUCCUGGUGGUCACUGAAGGCUGGGCUCGGGCGGCCUCCAUCCCAGGCUGCUACCUGCACCCCUUCAACGUGACAGUGCGAAGUGACCGCCAAGGCACCUGCCAGGGCUCCCAUGUGGCGCAGGCCUGUGUGGGCCACUGUGAGUCCAGUGCCUUCCCCUCCCGGCACUCGGUGCUGGUGGCCAGUGGCUACCGCCACAAUAUCACCUCCGUCUCGCAGUGCUGCACCAUCAGCAGCCUGAAGAAGGUGAAGGUGCAGCUGCAGUGUGUGGGGAGCCGACAGGAGGGCUUCGAGAUCUUCACGGCCGGGGCCUGUCAGUGUGACAUGUGCCGCCUUGCGCGCUACUAGCCCUUCCUUUCCCCUCCUCCUCCCCU